AACGAAUGCAAAACAACACAGAGCGAGUCAGACGUACGUAUAUAAGGCAACUUUUCUUUAUCUCCCUGUUAUUUAUUAACUCUCCUCUUUUGCAACUCAUCUCAAAGGGUGAAAACCAAACCUCAUUGAACAGCUAUUAUCACGCCUCUGUCCCCGCCCAUCGCAGGGCGCCGACAAGGCACGAAACCCCGACCGUCCUUUCCAAUGGCUCGAUAAUAUCGAAAAGCAAAAAAAGAAAAAAGAAAGAAUAGAACCGCCCCAUCUUCGCUCCUGCUCUUUCUUGAGGUCCUUUCUCUGCGUCAUUCCAAAUCGCCCAAGCAACCCAAGAUGGCCGAGAGCGAAGCUUCUGGGGUCGUCGGCCGCCUGCGCGCAGUCUCCGUCUCCAUGGCCGGCACCGUGAUGAGUCUCAACCCUCAGCCCGGCAUGUGGGCAGCGACGGGGACCGCGAUCGCGUACGCGCCGACGCUCAGCGAGCUUCGCGCCCCGGUAGCUGGGGGAGAGAACAUCGAAUUCAACGAGCAUGGCUGCAGUGCGCGGACGGUCGUCACGGACGACACCGGAGCGCUCUUGCUCCCGACCACAUCCAAGACCGCGGCCCGGGUCCUGGAUGUCGAGCGUGCGGAGGCGGACGAGUUACCGGUGGUGUCGACUGCGGUGAGGAGGAGGCCGACUUUGGCGGAGCAGGCGCAGUCGGAAGAGAAACAUGGGUGGGCGGAGACGACACGGCACGGUUUCAAGGCGAUGUGGAAAUUCAUCACGACGCCCACGGGAUUCGUCAUGGUGAUCUACGGGCUGAAUAUCGUAGCGUGGGGCGCGAUGCUUUUCUUCCUCCUCCUCGGCGCCGCGCCCGCCAUGAACCAUCCGAGUAAAGAUGCCGUCGACUCGCCGCGCAAGAAAUGGCUCGAGGUCGACAGCCAGAUCCUCAACGCCCUGUUCUGCGUGACGGGGUUCGGGCUCGCGCCGUGGCGCUUCAGGGAUCUGUGGUGGUUGUUCGAGGCUAGGAUCCGACACAAUCGCUAUGCGAUGCGGCGGUUGAGCGAGCAGAACAAAUCGUGGUUUCGCCCGCCGGCUUGGUAUAGCAGCCAGGAGGACGCCGCGGAGAGCGGGGACGAGGAGGAGAAGAAGAAGAAGAAGAGAGUAGUCACGUUUACAGGAGCGGUGGCUCCGCCUACGAAGCUGUGGAAGUUGUCGUUCGUGGUGUGGAUGAUGAUCCUGAAUACGCUAUUCCAAGCAGUGCUCUCGGGCAUGAUGUGGGGGUAUAACCGCAUCACUCGACCGAGCUGGGCGACGGGCACUUUCAUCGGUCUUGGAUGUGGAGUGAGUUUGCUCGCGGGCCUGAUGAUGUGGUGGGAGGGCCGCAAGGUGAAGAAGAUCGAAGGGCCUAUCGUGAAGGUUGUGGAAGCUCCGAAGCUUGAGACAACGUCCGGAACCUGAUUCUGAAUUCGGCCGCGGAUAGGAAAGCAUGCACUGUAUACCUCUCAGCUGGAUAGUGACUUUAGAAAUACAACUCAUGCUUAUAUCAAACCUAG